GUGUUCUCUUUUUGCUCAUGCAGUCUAAUGAAAUGCUUCCUAACCAGAUCAUACUCUUCCUUUCAUGAAUCUCUGCCUUUAAUGAGAAAGAUCAUAGUUUGUCACCAGCAGUUUGAGUGCCUAAGAUUUACUUUGCUUUCUUUUUGUAGGUGUUUUGACCAUAUCAACACAACGGGAGGCAGAAAUGAAGUGCAAAGGCAUGAGCACAUGGCCGAAGGCAGGCAAGUCUUCUCCUGCAGUCCAGUUUCAGAGCAUCCUGUUGGUGAAAAUGGUUUUUGUCAUGCUCAAGCUUCGACAGAGACCAUAUUCUGUAGGACUGCAAAUCCUUCUCCUGGCCUGAAAGGGUCUCGUUUUCCUACUUCACCUGUGCAUUCCGGUUCAUUUGGUUUAUCCCCAACAUCCCCACCCCGCUGACAAGAUAAUUUGCCCAGCUCACCUCAUCCCCUACCUCUUCUGCCAAGCUCUCCGGGCAGUUCUCAUUCUCCAUCUUCUUCCUCUUCACUAUCUCCAAAGACACAGUGGAAGAAAGGGCAAUUGCUCGGCAGGGGUACUUUUGGUCAUGUCUAUCUUGGAUUCAGCAGUGAAAGUGGUCAGAUGUGUGCCAUCAAAGAGGUCAAAGAUAUUUUCGACGAUGCAAAUUCCAAGGAAUCUCUUAAACAACUGAACCAGGAAAUAGUUUUACUUAGUCAGCUCUCACAUCCCAAUAUUGUGCAGUACUAUGGCAGUGAGCUGGUCGAAGACACUCUGUUUAUCUUGAGUAUGUCUGGAGGUUCUAUACACAAGAUACUUCAAGAAUAUGGUGCUUUUGGGGAAACAUUAAUUCGCAACUACACUGCUCAAGUACUUUCUGGACUUGCCUACUUAAAUGGGAGGACUACUGUACACAGGUACUUGGCCACAUAAGUUUCAUGUCACAUGUAUUGCUGAUAAGCCGUCUUGUGUGUUUUCCCCUCAUCUAUAGUCCAUGAAAUGGAAUCUAAUCUUGCCGAGAUAUUAAAGGGGCAAACAUACUGGUAGAUCCUAAUGGUGAAAUCAAACUGGCUGAUU